AUGGCUGAUUUGAAAGCAAAACUGCCCGAAUGGCUGCCUCCAAAAGGCGCUGCCUCCGAACUCAAGCUGCUCAACACCCUCACCAAGACAAAGGUCCCAUUCGUACCCAUCAGCGGCAAACGCGUGACCUGGUACUGCUGCGGCCCGACGGUCUACGACGCAGGCCAUAUGGGCCACGCGCGGAAUUACGUCUCGACCGAUAUCUCCCGUCGGAUCUUGCGAGAUUACUUUGGCUACGAUGUGUUUUUUGUCCAGAACGUGACUGAUAUCGAUGAUAAGAUCAUCAUCCGCGCCCGCCAAAACUACCUCUUUGACAAAUACCUCUCCGAAAACGCAACAAUCACCCCCCAAGUCCGCGACAAAAUCUCCUCCGCCCUCACAAGCUACGCCGCCAAAAACCUGCCCGCAGCGCCUACCUCCUCGCCCGCCGCCUUCUCCGCCUGGGCAGCCGGUCUCGAUCUCGCCGCGCAGAGCAGGGAAAAUCCCAAAUUCGGCAUGCAUCUCUCGGCAUUAAAGUCCGCGUACACGGCGCUUCAGCUAGCUGCCGUCGACGGCGAACCUGCUGAGAAAGCUCUCACGGCCGCAAAGGACGUUCUGAUCCUCCUGCUCGACGAAGAGGAGGGAUCGCAGGUGCGCGACCCGGAACUAUUCAGAAAACUGCCCGCGUACUGGGAAAACCACUUCAACCAAGACAUGCGCUCUCUCAACGUCCUCCCCCCCACGGUCGUCACGCGCGUGUCCGAGUACGUGCCCGAGAUUGUCUCGUUCGUCGAGCAGAUGGUCAAGAACGGGUACGCGUACGAGGCGCAGGGAAGCGUGUACUUUGACACCGCGGCGUUUGAGCGCGACGGCAAACACGUCUACGCCAAGCUGCAGCCCUGGAGUCGCGGCAAGACCGACCUGAUCGACGAAGGCGAGGGAAGUCUUUCGGUCCGCACCGCCGCCGACGGGAAGAAAUCCCCGUUCGACUUUGCGCUGUGGAAAGCGAGUAAGCCCGGUGAACCUGAGUGGGCGUCACCCUGGGGCCAGGGCCGGCCGGGAUGGCAUAUCGAGUGCUCGGUGAUGGCGAGCGAGGUGAUUGGCGCGCAGAUGGACAUCCACAGCGGCGGCAUCGAUCUCGCGUUCCCGCACCACGACAACGAACUCGCGCAGUCAGAGGCAUACCACGAGUGUCCGCAGUGGGUCAACUAUUUCCUGCACACAGGACAUCUGCACAUCGAGGGUUUGAAGAUGAGCAAGUCGCUCAAGAACUUCAUCACCAUCCGCGAAGCUCUACAAAAAUACUCGUCGCGCCAGCUCCGACUCGCGUUCGCGCUCACGCAGUGGAACAACGCGCUCGACUUCAAAGAAGGCUUGAUCUCAGAAGUCAAGACCGUCGAGUCCACGCUCAACAACUUCUUCGCCGUCGUCCGCGCGCUCGUCGCCGAAGACGCCGCCACUGUUUCCCAAGGCGGCCACGUCCCUCAACGAUUCUCGGCCCUCGAGCGCGCGCUCUUCGCCGACCUCACUACCGCCCAGCAAGACCUGCACGCCGCGCUCUGCGAUAACCUCGCGACCCCCGCAGCAAUCCAGACUAUAGUCUCGCUCGUCACCCGCGCGAACGUCUACUUGGCAUCCGCAAAGGCAAACGUCAGCUCCUCCGCCGUCGCCGAGGUCGCGCGCUGGAUCACCCGCAUGCUCGCCGUUUUCGGCUUCGAUCCCCGUCCCGACUCCCUAGGCUGGUCCGACCCAAUCGACCCGACUUCCUCUUCCUCAACUGCUGACUCUUCAACUACCACCCCCUCCUCAGUCGAAGAAAUCGCAAUGCCGUUCGUCCGCGUGCUCUCGCGUUACCGCGACGACGUCCGCCGCGCCGCAAUCGCAAAGGCCCCCUACGCCACCUUCCUCACCGCCUCGGACCGCGUGCGCAACGAAGACCUUCUCGAUCUCGGCGUCGCGCUGGAUGACCGCGACGGCGACUUACCCGCUCUCGUCAAGUUUGUCGAUAAAGCCGAGCUUGCGCGGCAACGCGCUGAGAAACUUGCGCGCGAGCAGGCAAAGGCGGAGAAGAAGAGAUUGGCGAAGGAGGAGGAGGAGAGGAAGGCGAAGGAGAGGUUGGAGAAGGGGAAGGUUAAGCCUGAAGAGAUGUUCAAAGCGACUGGAGAGUUUAGCCAGUUUGACGACGCGGGAGUGCCCACGCACGACAAGGAAGGCGUGGAGCUGGCCAAGAGCAGGAAGAAGAAGUUGCUGAAAGAGUACGAGAACCAGAAGAAGUUGCAUGCAGAGUAUCUGAAGUGGCUCGAGUCGCAGAGCAGCUAG